CAGAGUAAAGCGAUACACCGUAAAAGGUUUCGCAGAGCGCGUCGUUCGAAACCUCUUGUUGAGAGCGCUCGACAAAUGGCGCUCCCAUCUUUCCUAGUGCCUAUGCUCUGUCAUUUGUACAUUUUUCGAAGAGGAGAUACCACGCUGCACCUGACUCUGCUGCCGACCGGCAAUUGUUUCUAUUGCUGUCCCAUCCAGUUGAAUCGGGACGUCGAAUUUCAAUUGUACACCAGGCGAAAUCCGACGUAUCCGACUAUAUUGGAUCCAAAUGACGUCACCACGUUGUGGAGGAGUAACUUCAACGUUAAACACCCGACUGUCGUUUACAUUCACGGAUACAGCGACAGCACGAUGGGAAAAGGUCCUGUCGCAAUACGAAACGCUUAUCUUCGUCGUGGACAUUUUAACGUGAUAUUGGUGGACUGGGCCAGACUUGCGGUUUUACCCUGGUACGUGACGGCCGUAAGAAACACCCGACUCAUCGGACCUUACAUAGCUCGCAUGGUGAGCUGGCUCGACAAGCAGAAAGCCGUUCCUUUGUCGAAAAUUCACGUGAUCGGUUUUAGUUUGGGCGCGGAGGCAGCCGGUUUCAUGGGAAAGGCGCUCAGACCGCGAAAGAUAGGCAGAAUCACUGGAUUGGACCCGGCUUAUCCCUUGUAUAUGAACACAGGCGACGAAGGUCACUUGACAUGGGCCGACGCCGCUUUUGUCGACGUCAUUCACACCGACGGCGGCCAUUUCGGCUUCCCCAACCCGCUCGGUCACGUCGAUUUUUAUCCAAAUGGCGGCAAGAGACGACAGCCCGGUUGCGAUUUGAAGAGCAUCGUUCGCACGGUGAAAGAGAACUUCAGAAAGGUCGUAAAUCAACUCAUUACCUGCGGACACAAUCGGGCCUGGCGUUACUACGUGGAAUCGGUGGGGAAUCCUUACGGGUUUCCCGCUAGUCGUUGUCCAAAAUGGAGUCCCGAGAUCCCGGGGGCGAGUUGCUUGUGGAAACCCGAAGCUUACAUGGGCUUCGUGGCCAGUUCCACGUAUCGGGGAAAAUUUUACUUGAGCACAAACGCGCAAUCACCGUACGCCAAGAAUUCCACGAUUUACAAAUUGGGCAAAUGAGAGUUUGUCGUUGUGCGACAACAGUCUUGGAUUUGGAUGAACCAGAUUAAGAAGCGAAAUUUUCCGCAGUCGCUUCUCGUCGAGAUAAUUUUUUGUCUUGCGACAACAGAGGAAGCAAAGUUGAAAGAGAACGUUAAUAAUAAGUUUUCGUAACACAGAUUUGGACGCGCGCUCGCGUUUUCGUGACGAUGAAAAACGUUUGUGUUUUCCGUCGUAUAUUUUGGUAUUCUCUCGCAAACAACAGAGUCCCGCCGAUUCGAACAGGGUUCGCCGCUUUCUCGAGAGCUUAUCCCGAAGUGACAAUGGGGAAGUAUUUUUCUUCUCUCUCUCUCUGAGAUAACAAAUAAACAAGCUUCACAUGUGAUGGAAACGUCUGAUAUAUAUAUAGCGAAAAACGUGGCAUAUCGAAAAACACGAAUCGAAUCGGGAACGAGUGGAAGAAGGGAAAAACAACUCGUGUGCCGACGUGGGUUCUAAUGCCAGGCACACCGGCGCGAUCUCUCGUGUCAGAUAACAGCGCGUUGUUUAUAGCGUUUUCCAACUUUGUCAUUAAUUAUCAAACGAGUAAUAGUCUACAACUAUACUUAUAUGCAUUCGUAACUUCGAGAAUAUAUAUAUGUACAGACGGCGUCAUUAAUUCGAAGAAUAGGCGCGGGGAUCGGAGGGCAAGC